AUGAAGGGCCGUCCCAUCGACCAGCUCGUUUACGAGCAUAUGUUCCCCAAACCUCGCGCCAGCGAUCCCCAGAACUUCCACGCCCUUCUGCAACGCAGCCUGAUCCUCGAGGUUCGACAAGAGGUUCACUCCUUCUACGGCCACCUCGACACACAAGAAGCAAAAUACCCCGGGUUGGAUUACUGCAACCCCAUCCACCGCAUUCGCCUGAGCCGUUGGACUUGGCACCGUCGUCUGUUCCGAGCGUUUGACAACCUUCGCCUUACUCCCAACGAGAUCGCCGGCUUGACCAAAUGGGAGGGCACAAGAUGGGCCAAGGAGCGCUACGAAAAGGAGCAGGGCAUCAUCAUUCGGGACACUGCUGGUGAUGGCUUCCCCGAUUGGGUCGAACCCGAAGACCGUCCCACGCCCCCGGUUCGGACCGCCAGAUCACGCUCUGUCGAGACGGACGACGCAACAGACCCUGCCGACGAGGACAUGGACGGCGAAGAGAGCGAAGAAGAACUCGAGAGUGUGGGGGUGGCUCUGAACCAGCGUCUCAGAGAAAGGGCUGCCCGACGAGAGGCCGGAGACAUGUCGACAGUGCUGGACGAGGAAUGGGAGCAAUGGCUGAAGAAUGUCAUCGAGAGCGGCGAACUGCCGUACAUUUCCAACGGAAUCGCAACAUCAACAACUGACACCCCGGAUGCUGUUGUGCCGCAGGCACUUUUCCCUCCUCGUAUGCUGAUUGCUGCUCAAGCCGGCCAGUGGCAGGACAUUCCCGAUUUUCUCCACGACAUCAUUCGCCGCACUCUUGAGACUGGAUCGAGCAUAGGGGAGGUUGUUGUGCCACCUGCUCGUCUGCCCACUCUUGCCAGCUCCAAUGUAGCACGAGAGCGAAGAGGCACUGACGAGCACCACAUUGGCGGCAUCACAAACUGGCGGCGCACGUAUUCGGACCUGCGUCUCCCAGUCGGCGACAGCGCGACAAGCUCGACGUUGCAGCGGACAGCACAGGCACCCGGCGCCUAG